UACAUCGCACAUAAUAAGUUUCCGGUUGUUAAAACUACAUGAGACUAUCUCCUCCCACCAACAAUGUCAAAUGAUUCCUAACAAUGAGCAGUGAAAUAAACGUAGAGGUAGUAAAAAAAGAAACGGAAGUAUUUGCUUUACUCGGAAAGCCGUGGAGCAUUAGAAGUCCAAGAAAAGCUUUAAUCACCAACGCGACGAUGUGACUGCUGUGAGUCUCCGAUUCCCAUUUAGCCUGUGUGUGGAUCUACUAACAUGCGCCGCCGCCCACAGCAUUCCUCAAACAUAACAUUAAAGACCUCACCAAAUAAAAGCCCCCACCACCCACUUUCUAUGUGCAAAUCGAAAAUGGCCAUCGACGCCGCCCAACCCACCUCCUCCCCUCGACCCACAACCCACCUCUCCUCCUCCCCCCAGACCCGGACCCAAACCCAAACCCGGCCCACCUUCAUCUCCUCCUCUUCCUCACCCUCCACCUCGACCUCAAACACAAGCUACAAGCUCUACUCCACCGCCUCCACCUCCAGCCUAACCUCCCUCGGCAGCUUCCGCCUCUCCCUCCCUGAAAACCCAAACCUCUACGACUUCUCCGAAAUCCGCGCCGCCACCAACAACUUCCUCGCCAAGCGCCUCCUCUCCUCCUCCUCCACACCCUCCUGGCGCUGCACCCUCCGCGGCCGAGACACCGUCGUCUUCCAGCGAAAGUUCCGCCGCAAACUCACCACCCAAGAACUCAAGUCCCGCCUCUCCAUGCUCUGCCGCAGCCACCACACCUCCAUCAUCAAGCUCCUCGGCGCAUCCGUAUCCGGCGACAACACCCACCUCUUCUUGGUCUACGAUUUCGUCACCAGCUCCGCCAGCCUCGCCGCGUGUCUCCGCAACAAAGCCAAUCCAGAUUUCACGGUUCUGUCGACUUGGAUGUCAAGAAUGCAGGUCGCCGCCGACUUGGCUCAGGGUCUGGAUUACAUUCAUAACAAUACAGGCUUGAAUGUAACGAUAGUCCACAACCGCAUCAAGAGCAGCAGCGUCUUGGUCACGGAGCCAAACUGCAACGCCAGAAUCUGUCAUUUCGGGACAGCCCAGCUUUGCGGCGAGGCCGACUUUACAACCCAGAUGGACUCCAAGCCCAAGUCCAAAUCUGCCGGCGCCGGUGAGAUCGUUGAGGAAGUGGGUCGGACCCCGAAAUCGAAAUUGGGGACCCAAUUCGAAGGAGAGAGAGGGUACAUGUCGCCGGAGUAUCAAGCCAGCGGCGUCGCCACCCAAAAGUCCGACGUGUACGCGUUCGGGGUGGUGAUUCUGGAGCUGUUGUCGGGUCAGGAGCCGUUUAACUACAAGUUCGAUAAGGCUCGCGGCGAUUUUGUAAGCACCACCGUCGUCGACUCCGCUCAGGCCGCCGUCGCCGGCGGCGGGUUGAGGACUUGGGUGGAUAAAAGGCUGAAGGACUCGUUCCCGGUCGAGAUCGCCGAGAAGCUGACACGUGUUGCGCUGGAUUGUGUACAAGUGGACCCGGAUAAGCGACCCGGCAUGGGACGCGUAGUGGGGAAGAUCUCCAAGUUUUACUUGGACUCCCGGACUUGGUCGGAGAAGUUCGGCUUUCCCACCGGCAUUUCUAUCUCGCUGGUUCCGAGAUGAUCACAGGUUUUUAUUAAUAUGUUUUUGUAAUUAUUGAGUUAUUAGGGGAUCUGAAAUUUGAGAGUGACAUAACUAAUUAUUGAACAUAGACAAUGAUACUAUGAUAUGAUAAUGAUCAAUGACACGAGUUGGAAAUUUUGGACA